AUGUUAACUACGCCAAAUCCAUUCACCAACGACAAUUAUCCUUUUGUACGACCAACUCAAUUUAAUUAUGCGCCUAGGAGUCAAAUGGGUUUGUAUUCGCCUAAUGGUAGAUUGAAUGGAGCUCAAAAUAAACAGUACAACAGACCCAUGGAUCAUACAAAUCUUUAUAGCAAUUAUAAUAUCAAUAAUGUGCAGAAAGUUAAUAAUGUGAUGACGGGUCAAGAUAAUUCUGGUAAUGGAAAUGUCGAAUCCAAUGUUGCUGGAAGCAGUGGAGAUGACAAUAAUAAUGCAGAUAAUAAUAAUGCAAAAUCAUUGGUAAGAAAUAAUUCAAAAGAAGCUGACGGAACAGCAGAAAAACCAAUAACAUCAAAUUUAUCAACAUCAUCGUUAACCAACCAUUAA